AAGUCCACUUUUGCUCAAAAACAGGCGUUAAAAAUGCACUUUCAUAAGAGAUUCCAACCCAAACGCACUUUGCUUCAGUGUUUGUGUACCUACCUCUCCAAAACUUCACAUAGUCUUCACCAUUUCCCCUUAACAUUCAAUUUCAACUUCAACACACAACUCAAAUCACAAGAAAAAUCAAAACAAGAAACCUCUAUAUGCACACAUCUUUAGAACACCAAGAAGAAAUGGCCUUAAACAAUAAAUCCAAGAAACCAAACUCCCCUUCAAAUUUUUAUUUCUUCACAACCCUUUUAUUCAUUGUUCUCUUCACAAUACCAGCUCUUUUUCUUCUCCACACCCCCACCACAUCUUCUAUUUGCACCACCUUUACAUCUCACCAAUCCAAAACUUGGUCAGGUGAUCUUACUUUAGCUGAAUUUGCAUGGAACAAGCUCUCAUUUUUUCAACAAAAAAAACCACUUUCACCACUCAAAAUUGCUGUUUUCUCUAGAAAAUGGCCUAUUGGUACCACCCCAGGUGGCAUGGAACGCCAUGCUUACACCCUUCACACUGCUUUAGCUCAAAGAGGCCAUAAAGUUCAUAUUUUUACAUCACCCCAAGACGAAAAAACUUCGAUCAAAACUCAACAAGGUUACCCUUUUAUCCAUUUUCAUGAAGGUGAAUCUGACAAGUGGAGAUACAAUAAAGCAUUGGAACAAUAUCAGGAAGAGAACAAGAAAGAACCAUUUGAUGUUAUUCAUUCAGAAAGUGUUGCACUUCCUCAUUAUGUAGCUAGGAAUCUUUCAAAUCUUGUAGUGUCUUGGCAUGGAAUAGCACUUGAGAGUUUGCAAUCAAGUAUUUUUCAGGAUUUAGCUAGAAGACCUGAUGAACCUAUUUCACCUCUUUUCAACAAUAGCUUGCAGGGAAUUGUUCCUAAGGUUCUGAAUGAGAUAAGAUUCUUUAAGAGUUAUGCUCAUCAUGUUGCUAUUAGUGAUAGCUGUGGUGAGAUGCUAAGAGAUUUCUAUCAAAUUCCUACAAGAAGAGUGCAUGUGAUUGUUAAUGGGGUUGAUGAGGAUGAGUUUGGAGAAGAUGCUGAAUUGGGAAGGAAAUUUAGAACCAAAAUUGGGAUUCCAAGCAAUGCAAGUUUAGUACUUGGUGUAGCAGGGAGAUUAGUUAAAGACAAAGGUCAUCCUUUGCUUCAUGAAGCGUAUUCAAAGCUAAUAACAAAACACCCUAAUGUUUAUUUGAUUAUUGCUGGUUCUGGACCAUGGGGGAACAGGUACAAGGAUUUAGGAAACCAAGUUCUUGUUCUAGGAUCAAUGAGUCCUUCCAUGUUGAAAGCAUUUUAUAAUGCUAUUGACAUUUUCGUCAAUCCAACACUUAGGCCACAAGGGCUUGAUCUUACUUUGAUGGAGGCUAUGAUGAGUGGGAAGCCUCUUUUGGCAUCAAGGUUUCCAAGCAUUAAAGGUACUCUUUUGGUUGAUGAUGAGUAUGGUUACAUGUUCUCUCCUAAUGUAGAGUCCCUAUUGGAGGCACUUCAAGCAGUGGUAAAAGAUGGACCACAGAGGCUAGCAAGGAGAGGAAAAGCUUGCCGCGAGUAUGCUGCCUCAAUGUUCACAGCAAAAAAGAUGGCAUUAGCAUAUGAGAGGUUAUUUCUAUGUAUAAAAGAUUCUACAUUUUGUAUCUACCCUUGAGGCUUAGACUAGAAAUACACUUUUAUUUCUUUCAUUAUUUUCAUUUUUUUCAGUACAUAAUAAAGAUGAUGAAAUCUGAAGGCCAUUUUAGUGGUUCAUCUCUGUAAGGAUUCUAAGAAUGCCAUUAUGAAUCUAUA